CGAACCAACACAGUUCGACUUGAAUAAACUUGCUUCGCUGAUAAAAAUACAAGAGACGAUCAGUUUUGUUGAUUGAAUGCUAAAGAGCAGUCGUGAUACGUUUAAUUUCAUCGUUAGCUGUCAAGUUUCGAACUGACCGAUCCUAAUUUUCGAUAGAAACGAAUAUUCGAGUGCAUUUAACGUGAAUUUGAUCGCACAAUUUAUACAAAUUUAAUAUAUUCAUUUUAAACACUAAUCAAUCAGGUAUCGCGAAAAAUAAUCAUGAAUUUAUCGUGUACAAUUUGUUUUGAUUUUUUAUUCACCGGCGAAGAAUCGGAAAUGGUCGACGCUACCCAAUGUGGACACGUUUUCCACCACGAAUGUCUCGAUCAAUGGAUACAAAGUUCAAACUCCUGUCCUCAUUGUCGUCAGAACGUUACCACUAAAAAUACAAUAAAAUUAAACAUCAUGUCCCAACAAGAACCUUCAUCAUCGUCACCAUCAUCACCAUUCGUCGAAGAUGGCAGAAUCACCCGAAGCACCGCGAGAAAUCGUAAUAAUCAAAACAAUCUAGCCGAAUCCGAGCUCAAACUGAAAAACAGCCAAUUAGAUUUAAAAGUCAGGGAAUUAAACCUGAAAAACGUCGAAUUACAGCGAAUGGAAAAGAAAUGUAAGGCUGCUGAAAAGAAUUGUAAUAUAGCCGAACGCGAAAACUUAAAAUUAAAGCAGGAGAUCGAGACGUUAAAACAAGAGAUUAGUAAACUAAAGACUGAUUUGGCGAAAGAAAAAGAAAAAAGUAAUAUUAUCAGGUCAGAUUUGAGAAUUAUGGACAUCAUCGAUUUGGAAUCCGAAAAUAGGUUAACUUAUAGAUUUUCAUUAUGGAUGAUUCAAACGAAAUUGAUCUCACCAAGUUUUAAAUUCCAGAAUCAAACGAAGAAAUUCAUCAACGAAAACCGAUCAAUCGCCGAAGGCCUCAGUAAUGAUCAUCUUUUUAGCGAAGUAUUUUUAAAUGUAAACUUAAUCGUAUUGUGUUAUUAUUUUAUAUUUCAAGCUUUGUUUUUCCUGAAAUUAUUUUAAAUGUUUCGAUAGGUAUAGUGAAUUAAUUAUCGUAUAUUUUAUGUUUUGUUGCGAGCAUUAGAUGUUCCUUUUUAGUCACUUUUUUUAAUUUUUAUGUUAAACUUUGCAGAAAUAAAUCUCUCGAAAAGAGUAAAAUCGUAAA